AUCAUUUUAUAGUAAUUUAUAAACCGGUACAGAAAAUUUGAUAGUGUUGGCCAAUGACGCGGGGAAAUGUUCUCAUCAGCAUAGAUAUAAACCUUACUAUGUUCUCUGAUUCUUGGUUCUCCAAAGCAAAGCGCAAACACGCAGAAGCGAUAUGACUUCCACAAACCCAAAUGUCUGUUUUGUUUCGUCUUACAUCAAAGGUCGCGUCUUUGGCCAAGUCAGGUCGUAUAGCAAGCGCCCGCCAGGUGUUCGACGAAAUGCCUGAACGAGAUACGGUGGCGUGGAACACAAUGUUAACGAGCUAUUCCCGGUUAGGUCUACAUCAGGAAGCUAUUUCGAUCUUCACCCACUUGAGAUCCUCCGACGCUAAGCCUGAUGGUUACUCGUUUACAGCGAUCUUGAGCACUUGUGCGAGCCUACGUGAUGUUAGAUUCGGGACACACAUUCACUCUCUGGUUAUCCGGUCUUGCUACAAUGCCUCUUUGGAGGUGAACAACUCGCUUAUUGACAUGUAUGGUAAGUGUUCUGACACUCUUAGCGCUAGCAAAGUGUUUAGAGAUAUGUGUAGUGAUGUUAGAAAUGAAGUAACUUGGUGCUCGCUUCUGUUUGCUUAUAUGAAUGCUGGAGAGUUUGAAGCUGGUGUGAAUGUUUUUGAUGAAAUGCCGAAAAGGGUUGUGCAUGCGUGGAAUAUAAUGAUCUCUGGUCAUGCCCAAUGUGGAAAGAUUGAAUCUUGCUUGAGGCUAUUCAAAGAGAUGUUGCUUGAGAGUGAGUGUGAACCGGAUUGUUAUACGUUUAGUUCUCUGAUGAAUGCUGCUUGUGCUGAUGAUUCACCAAGUCUUGUUUAUGGACGGAUGGUUCACGCUGUUAUGGUGAAGAACGGGUGGGACUCUGCGGUUGAGGCGAGGAACUCUGUGUUGAGUUUCUACGCAAAAGUAGGAUGUAAAGAUGAUGCAAUGAAAGAGUUCGAGUCUAUUGAAGUUCUGACUCAGGUAUCUUGGAACUCUGUUAUCGACGCGUGUAUAAAAGCAGGGGAUACAGAGAAGGCUCUUGAGGUUUUUCGUCUAGCUCCUGAGAAAAACAUCAUUACUUGGACUACUAUGAUUUCAGGAUACGGUAAGAACGGUGAUGGAGAGAAAGCUCUGAGGUUUUUCGUUGAGAUGAUGAGAUCUGAGGUGUAUUCAGAUCAUUUUGCGUAUGGUGCUGCCCUUCACGUGUGUUCAGGAUUAGCCCUUUUAGGACAGGGGAGAAUGAUCCAUGGUUGUCUGGUCCAUCGUGGCUUUCAAGGCUAUGCUUACGUUGGUAACGCUUUGGUUAAUUUGUAUGCCAAGUGUGGAGAUAUCAACGAAUCAAACCGUGCGUUUGGUGAUAUAGCUAACAAGGAUUUGGUGUCUUGGAACACGAUGCUUUUCGCGUUUGGUGUGCACGGGUUAGCAGACCAAGCUCUAAAGCUCUAUGAAGAGAUGAUAGCGUCAGGUCUUAAGCCAGAUAAAGUAACAUUCAUUGGAUUGCUGACAACUUGCAGCCAUUCAGGACUUGUGGAGGAAGGAUGCGCGGUUUUUAAAUCCAUGGUUAAAGAUUAUGGAGUCCCGUUGGAAGUAGAUCAUGUAACAUGUAUGAUAGAUAUGUUUGGGAGAAGUGGACAUCUAGCAGAAGCAAAGGAGCUUGCUACAGCUUAUAACAAUAGUAAUAAUAAUAGUUCAUGGGAAGCUCUUUUGGGUGCUUGUUCUACGCAUUGGCACACAGAGUUAGGAAGAGAAGUUAGCAAAGUUCUGAAGAUAGCGAAACCAAGCGAGGAGAUGAGUUUUGUUCUGUUGUCUAACUUGUACUGCUCGAGUGGGAGGUGGAAGGAAGCAGAAGAUGUGAGGAGAGAAAUGGCUGAACGAGGCAUGAAGAAAACACCUGGAUGUAGCUGGAUUGAAGUAGAUAACAAUGUUUCAGCUUUUGUAGUCGGUGACUGUACUUCACACCCGCGCAUUGAGGAGCUUUCUGAAACUUUAAGCUGUCUUCAAUAUGACAUGAGAAAUUAACCCUGUAUUGUUUGGACCUUGAAAAUGUUAAGCAGACACAAAAACUGUUCAUACACAUACACUAUUGUAUCAGUAGUAAGCAAACGAGUUAGCCUUCCUUU